CGUUCUUCCAACGUCUCACCUUUCCAGAAAAUUUAGGAAAAUUCCACCCCAUUUCUCAAUACUUCCUGCUUCUCAUUGAAUCUCUGGGUUCCCCUUCUCAUUCAACAUUUUUCUCUCCAAUUUUAUGAUUUUUUCCUUCAUUUAAUUCAUAUUCAUUCAUUACGCUUGAAUUAGAAAAUGGUUCGAGCAAUGGAGGAAGAUGAUCAACCAAUGGAACAGCAAAAAACUGGAUGGGCAUUUACGCGGUCAGAAAAUCUCAAAUCUUCGAUGGGCAGCGAUGGAAUGAAAGAGAGAGAACAUUCAGAUUUGGAUCAAAUGAAGGAAAAGUUCACAAAAUUACUUCUUGGGGAGGAUAUGUCCGGUGGGGGAAAGGGAGUUUCAUCGGCUUUAGCACUGUCGAAUGCUAUCACAAAUUUAGCAGCCUCUGCAUUUGGAGAACAAAAGAGAUUGGAACCCAUGGCACCAGAGACCAAAGCAAGAUGGAGAAAAGAGAUCGACUGGCUCCUAUCUGUCACAGAUCACAUUGUUGAAUUUGCGCCUUCAAAACAAAGGUCGAAAGAUGGAACACAAAUGGAGAUUAUGGUGACAAAGCAACGAACAGAUCUCCAAAUGAACAUCCCUGCCCUACGGAAGCUCGACGCUGUGCUGCUUCAGGAUUGCCUUGAUAACUUUAAAGACCAAAAUGAGUUCUACUACGAAAAGAAUGCCGAUGGGAGGAAAGAUGAUAAAUGGUGGAUUCCUACUCCUAAAGUUCCUCCAAAUGGCUUAAGUGAGACGACAAGAAAGUGGCUACAAUCUCAGAAGGAUUCUGUAAGCCAAGUAAUCAAAGCAGCUAUGGCCAUAAACGCUCAGGUCCUGACUGAAAUGGAGGUUCCUGAGAGCUAUGUAGAUACUCUCCCUAAGAAUGGGAGAUCAAGCCUUGGAGAUUCAAUCUACAAGAGCAUCACGGAUGAAUACUUUGAUCCGGACAUUUUACUUUCGACUCUGGACUUGUCAUCAGAGCAUAAAAUCCUCGAGUUCAAAAAUAAGAUUGAGGCAUCAGUGAUAAUCUGGAAAAGGAAAAUGAAUGCUAAAGAUAGCAAAUCUUCCUGGAGUUCGGCCGUGAGUUUGGAGAAGAGAGAACUUUUCGAAGACAGAGCAGAGACUAUUUUGCUUAUUCUUAAGCACCGAUUUCCCGGAAUUCCACAAUCUUCUCUAGACAUCAGUAAAAUCCAAUGCAACAGAGAUGUGGGACAUGCUAUUCUUGAAAGCUAUUCAAGAAUAAUUGAAAGCCUAGCGUUCACAGUGUUGUCGAGAAUAGAAGAUGUCUUACAAGCCGACUCUCUUGCACAGAAUCCAUCAAAUGGAGAACAAAAGAGGUACACCUUAAAAGACCCUUCACCUAUUACAGUGAAAUUUCCAAAUCCUAACGACGAAUUAGAGAAAACAAAUUCAGAUGAAACGCCAACUUCAAUGACACUGCUAGACUUUAUGGGAUGGAAUUUAGAUCAAGGAGAGACUGAUGCAAAGAAAGAUGUUGACUCAAAGGUCCUCCCUAAACCGCUAAACAUUAUGACGAACAAGAAAUUUUCCUACAUAGAGAGGCUAGAGAACCUAGGGGGUGCAAGAAGUCCAACAGCACGCCAUUAAUUGAUUUUGUUGCAGAUGAAUAACUGACAGAACUCGACUCUAGCAUAAAAGCUCAGCCCUAAUGUACGUAUGCAUUUCGGUCUUGCCAUAGAAAUCUAGUAAAAUUCUAGUGCUAGUUCUGUAACUUGGAAGCAUAUGCUGAAUUAUACUCUUGACUUAUUUUGAAAUUGAUCACUUAAUUGUACUCGAGUUACUUUAAAAUUGAAUCAGAUACAACAAGAAUUGUACUGAAAUACUUGUAAUAUUAAACAGUAAAAGUAGAUUCUGAUAUGCUUA